CGGCUUCCUGGCGACCGCCCCCCGCUGGCGGCGCUGGUCCGGCCCUGGGCGGCCGCUCGAGUGCCUAAACAGUUAAGUUUGGAAGACUCGGCAGACACGUUGAGGGGGAGUUACCAAGUGCAGGCAGCAAAAACAUCCCGGCGCAUUCCAGGGGAGUCCUCAGCUGCCAGCAUCUGAUUAGAACCAUAUCUCGCCGGGAGUGGCCGCGCCGCUCCGAGGCUCCCGGGCCCGCGGCUAUUUAAGCGCGGCCCGCCGUGUCGGCCGCGCGGCAGCCCCGAGGCUCGGCGGCGGCGGAGUCAUGCUCGCUUCGCGGCGGCGCUAGCUGGCGGGUGUCUGUGGCAGGUUAUGUGCAUCUGAAACUUCCCCAUCUGUGAUCGCCUGGUGCCAUUAAGUGUCUGUUUGUGCUUGAAUUUGGUGCCUGCUUUCUUACCAUGUCUAACGAAGUAGAAACAAGUACAACUAAUGGUCAGCCUGACCAACAACAGGCUGCAACAAAAGCUCCAUCGAAGAAGGAAAAGAAGAAAGGCUCUGAAAAGACAGAUGAAUAUCUUUUGGCCAGAUUCAAAGGUGAUGGUGUGAAAUAUAAGGCCAAGCUAAUUGGCAUUGAUGAUGUGCCAGAUGCAAGAGGUGAUAAAAUGAGCCAGGAUUCCAUGAUGAAGCUAAAGGGAAUGGCGGCAGCUGGUCGAUCUCAGGGACAACACAAACAAAGGAUUUGGGUCAACAUUUCUCUUUCAGGAAUAAAAAUAAUUGAUGAAAAAACUGGGGUAAUCGAGCAUGAACAUCCUGUAAAUAAGAUUUCUUUCAUUGCCCGUGAUGUGACAGACAACCGAGCUUUUGGUUAUGUCUGUGGAGGAGAAGGCCAGCAUCAGUUUUUUGCCAUUAAAACAGGACAACAGGCUGAACCAUUAGUUGUUGAUCUUAAAGAUCUUUUUCAAGUUAUCUAUAAUGUAAAGAAAAAGGAGGAAGAAAAGAAGAAGAUGGAUGAGGCUAACAAAGCAGUAGAGAAUGGGAGCGAGCCCCUACUGACUUUUGAUGAACAAGCUAACAAACUGAGACUGGGUGUUGACCAGAUGGAUUUGUUUGGGGACAUGUCUACACCUCCUGACCUAAAUAGUCCAACAGAAAGCAAAGAUAUCCUGUUAGUGGAUCUAAACUCUGAAAUCGACACCAAUCAGAAUUCUUUAAGAGAAAAUUCAUUCUUAACAAAUGGCAUCGCCACCUCCUGCUCUCUCCCUCGACCAAAGCCUCAGGCAUCUUUCUUGCCUGAGAAUGCCUUUUCUGCCAAUCUCAAUUUCUUUCCCACCCCUAAUCCUGAUCCUUUCCGUGAUGAUCCUUUUGCACAACCAGACCAAUCGGCACCCUCUUCGUUUGAUUCUCUCAACUCUCCAGAUCAGAAGAAAGAGAACUUGUCUUCUCCACAGAGUAAUGGGCCCCUGAAUGGGGAUGUUGAUUACUUUGGUCAGCAGUUUGACCAAAUAUCUAACCGGACUGGCAAACAGGAAGCUCAGGCAGGCCCGUGGCCGGCAGUGAGAACUCAAAAUGGGGUAACUGAAAGAGAACAGAACGGCUUCCAUAUCAAAUCCUCCCCGAACCCUUUUGUGGGAAGCCCUCCCCAAGGACGGUCUGUACUGAAUGGCGUCAAGCAGGACUUGGAAGGCUCUGUCCAGUCCUCGACACAUGACUCCAUUGCCAUUAUCCCUCCUCCACAAAGUACCAAACCAGGAAGAGGCAGAAGGACUGCUAAGUCUCCAGCAAAUGACUUGCUUGCAUCAGACAUCUUUGCUCCUCCCGUCUCAGAACCUCCAGGUCAGAUAUCACCUACAGGACAAGCUGCAACCUUACAGACCAACCCUCUGGAUCUCUUCAAAACAAACGCUGCUGUCCCCGUGGGGCCUCUCGCAGGUCUAGGCAGUGUACCAGUUGCACCCCCUCAGGCAGGACCGUGGAACCCAACAUCUUUAGUCUUUAAUCAGCCCACUCCAGUGGUCCCAGGAGCCAUGAUGGGUGGUCAGCCUUCAGGAUUCAGUCAAGCAAUCGUUUUCACCGCAACUCCAGCGGUUCCAGGUUGGAACCCGCAACCUUCUUUGGCAGCCUCAAUUUCCCCUCCAGCGCCUGCUGGUUGGGGCCCAUCAACUCCAGUGGCAACCAAUACUUGGUCAUCAACAAGUCCUUUGGGGAAUCCUUUCCAGAGCAAUAUUUUCCCACCUUCUGCUGGGUCUGCCCCAUCCCCUUCUAUGCUCUCCUCUAUCCUGGUCUCUCCUCCUCAACCUCCUCCCAGAACUGGCCCUGCAAAGGACAUCUCCGGCGAUGCCUUCACUGCCUUGGAUCCACUUGCCGAUAAAGAAGUCAAGGAAGUAAAAGAAAUGUUUAAGGACUUCCAACUGCGGCAGCCACCUGUGGUGCCUGCCAGGAAGGGAGAGCAGUCUUCCUCUGGGACUUCGAGUGCCUUCUCGAAUUAUUUUAACAGCAAAGUUGGCAUUCUUCAGGAGAAUGCAGACCAUGAUGACUUUGAUGCUAAUCAACUGUUGAAAAAGAUCAGUGAACCACCAAAGCCAACUACCAGACAAGGCAUCCCGCCAGUUACCAAAUCUGCUGACAGUGCAUUUGAGAACCCUUUCUCUAAAGAUUCCUUCAGUUCAUCACAAUCCUCUAUGGCUUCUCCUCAACUUGCUUCUUCUGGUAUAUAUAGGGAUCCUUUUGGAAAUCCUUUUGCCUAAUUUCUGCACCUGGCAUGCUGAUUCUCCAGAGGAACACAAAGGUUGGCCUUCAUAGUCAAGGACAAAGCUAAUAGUCAGAGAAAGUCCUGACCCUUGCCCUUGUUCCAGCUUUGACAUAUUAUCGACUGCCUUAUUUUUUUGUGGCCUCUUCCACUUGUACAAUGUCUUUCUCUGUUUAGGUUAAAUCCAAAUUGAACUUAUGGCUUUAAAUAAAUUAAGAACUUGAACUCUCUCAUAAAUGUAAAAUCAAAAUAGUUUCCCUAUUUGAACCCUGCCUACUGUGUCCUUCGAAUCAUAUCAAGCCUUCUGCCUUGUGCCCUGUGGUUGGAAGAUAGAGCCACUGCAGCCGCACAGAUCAUACUAUUUUGAAUAAAUUUUAAAGUUCUUGCUGUUCAAAGUUGUCUGUUUUAGAGCGUAAAUCUCAAGAUCGCAGUAGAACAAGGAACUUUAUUAAAUCUUCAGACGAUCACUUACACAGAAUUUUUGCAGUAAAAUUGAAGCAAGUCCAACUUUGUAGGCAGUUUGGAAUGAGAUCUAAGAUGCUUUUUUAAAGAUCAUUUUUCUCUCAAAGGCAAAAUUGACCCUUUUCCAAAUUCUUGCUUGCUAUUCAAAUAGGCAAAAGCAUUAUUUGUCUCUCAUGCUUUUUUUCUCCAAUCUUUUUUCAGUUAGUCUAUCUCCAGGCUUCAUAUAGCAGUUUCCCUCUCUUGCACAAGCAGCAGAGUUCUAAGGAACAAAAGGAAAAAAAAAGGAAAGCCUAAUGAUUUUUCUGCCUUCUCAGUAAUCGCUAACCCAAGUAACUAAGAUUGCAAAUGGGCACAACCUUUCUAUCUUCUAUGGAGGAGGAGUCCAUCUUCUUGAGCUAAAGUUCCAGCAAAAGCAAUGAAUGUGGAAGAAAAACUCAACUCAGCAACGAAGACUGUAAUCUGCAAACAACACCUCACAAAGCUAAAAAGUGUUUGUGCCAAAUAUACAAGGUGCUUAUUUGGGGUUAGGCUAGACCUUUAUUGAGUAACUGGAAAAUUUUCUGGGAGCCACAGUCUUAUAGUCAGUAGGAAGGAAAAUGGGAAAAGAGUAAUAAUAAUAAUUAUAAUAAUAAUAACAAUAAAGCAGCUGAAGAGCAAGUAUUUGGUGUUGUCCUAAAAAUCCCUAAUGCCUGCAAUAUUUUUCUCCUCAUAGCCUUAGAAACCUUCCCGAUUUAUCUUCAGUCCUAUUGUUAGCGCAAUUCUGAAGGUCUACUUCUUGCCAAAUAAGUUUUGUUUUGUUCAUGUUGGGUACUUUAAUGUUGUCUCUUGACCCCUAAUGCUCAGGUUCUUGUGGGUGUUAAUCCACCACAUAGCAGCGUCACCUUUAGGUGGAAGAAGAGAACUGCUCAGGAUCUAAGUUGGUGGCCUCUCAAACCUUUAUGAUUAACCCUGAGUAGUCCAAGCUAAAGUCCUGUGGUUUCUGUUUAAUGAUAAUAACUGACCAUGUACAGCAUAAUUUUCCAUCUGGCUUCCUACUCAGUCAUUAUAAAACCAGACUUGAAAUAGUAUUUUAUAUGUCCAAAUACCUACAUGUCUAAACUGGAGGCAACUAUUUCUAACUUGUUGAAUUUUCGAAAGUAGAUACGAUUUUGAAAGUAAUGAUCAGCCACACAACUGUUCUGUACAUAUUUCUUUUCUUGUGCACUUUUCUGUAUGCAAAUAAAGCUAUAAAUUUACUCAUUUCAAUAAACUGGAAUAGCAAAAGUCA